AUGUUCGUAGUGAAGAGGGACGGCCGCAAGGAGCCCGUGCAUUUUGACAAAAUCACGGCGCGCAUCACCAAGCUGUCCUAUGGUCUCAACUCGGACUUCUGCGACCCGGUCCUCGUGGCCCAGAAAGUGACCACAGGUGUCUACAAGGGCGUGACGACGAGCGAGCUCGAUGAGCUGGCGGCAGAGACUGCUGCCUCUCUGACUGCCACCCACCCCGACUAUGCCCAGGCAAGGUUAAUCAUGUGGGAGCUUGCCGCCCGCAUCGCCGUCUCCAACCUGCACAAGAACACCCUCAAGUCCUUUACGGAAACAAUCAAGAUCAUGUACAACCACAUCAGCCCCAAGAAUGGCGACAGGGCCCCUCUGAUCGCCGACGAUGUGUUUGAGAUCAUCAUCAAGAACGCGGCCCGCCUGGACUCAGAGAUCGUCUACGACCGCGACUUUGACUAUGACUACUUUGGCUUCAAGACGCUGGAGCGAUCCUACCUCCUGCGCGUCAACGGGGCCGUAGUGGAGCGCCCGCAGCACAUGCUCAUGCGCGUGGCCGUCGGCAUCCACAAGGAGGACGUGGACGCUGCCGUGGACACCUACCACCUCCUGUCCCAGCGCUGGUUCACUCACGCCUCGCCCACGCUGUUCAACGCCGGCACCCCCCGCCCCCAGCUGUCCUCCUGCUUCCUAGUGUCCAUGAAGGCCGACAGCAUCGAGGGCAUCUACGACACGCUGAAGGAGUGCGCGGCCAUCUCUAAGUCCGCGGGCGGCAUCGGCCUGAGCAUGCACAACAUCCGUGCCACGGGGUCCUACAUCCGCGGCACCAACGGCUCCAGCAACGGCAUCGUGCCCAUGCUGCGCGUCUUCAACGACACCGCGCGCUACGUGGACCAGGGAGGCGGCAAGCGCAAGGGCGCCUUUGCCAUGUACCUCGAGCCCUGGCAUGCCGACAUCUUCGACUGGCUGGACCUGCGCAAGAACCACGGCAAGGAGGAGGCGCGUGCGCGCGACCUCUUCUACGCGCUCUGGAUCCCCGACCUCUUCAUGAAGCGCGUCGAGGCCAAUGAGACCUGGUCCCUCUUCUGCCCCAACGAGGCCCCGGGCAUGGCAGACUGCUGGGGCCCCGAGUUCGAGGCCCUGUACACCCGCUACGAGCGGGAGGGCAGGCCGCGCCGCGUGAUCAAGGCGCAGCAGCUCUGGUUUGCUAUUAUGGAGGCGCAGGUGGAGACGGGGAACCCCUUCAUGCUGUACAAGGACUCGUGCAACUCCAAGAGCAACCAGCAGAACCUGGGCACCAUCAAGAGCAGCAACCUGUGCACGGAGAUCGUGGAGUACUCCUCGCCGGAGGAGACGGCGGUGUGCAACCUGGCCUCCAUCGCACUGCCGCGCUACGUGCGCGACGCCAGCGGGCGCGAGGGGCGCAAGCUGAUUGGGUCCCUGGACGCCAAGGGCCGCUACUUUGACUUUGACCGCCUGGUGGAGGUGGUGAGCGCCGCCACACGCAACCUCAACAAGAUCAUCGACGUCAACCACUACCCAGUGGAGACCGCGCGGCGCAGCAACAUGCGUCACCGCCCCAUCGGCCUGGGGGUGCAGGGCCUGGCGGACACCUUCAUCCUGCUGGGCCUGCCCUUCGACUCGCCCGAGGCCGCCCAGCUGAACCGCGACAUCUUCGAGGCGCUGUACUUUGCCGCGCUCUCCACCUCCUGCGCCCUGGCCAAGGACCUGGGCCCCUACGAGACGUACGAGGGGUCCCCCAUGUCGCGCGGCGUGCUGCAGCAGGAUGCAUGGGGCGUGAAGCCGGACAGCGGUCGCUUCGACUGGGACGGCCUGCGCGAGCAGAUCAAGUCGCACGGCGUGCGAAACUCGCUCCUGGUGGCGCCCAUGCCCACCGCCAGCACCAGCCAGAUCCUGGGCAACAACGAGUGCUUCGAGCCGUACACGAGCAACAUCUACGUGCGCCGCGUGCUGUCCGGCGAGUUCACGGUGGUGAACCAGCACCUGCUGCACGACCUCACCCGCCUGGGCCUGUGGGACGGCGACAUGAAGAACGAGCUGGUGGCGGGCAACGGGUCGGUGCAGGGCCUGGACAUCCCCGACGCGCUCAAGGCGCUGUACAAGACGGUGUGGGAGAUCAAGCAGCGCACGCUGGUGGACAUGGCCGCGGAUCGCGGCGCGUACAUCGAUCAGUCCCAGUCCUUCAACGUGCACAUGUCGGACCCCAACUUUGGCAAGCUCACCUCCCUCCACUUCUACGCCUGGAAGAAGGGGCUGAAGACGGGGAUGUACUACCUGCGCACCCGCGCCGCGGCCGACGCCAUCAAGUUCACCGUGGACCAGCAGCAGCUGGCGCGGAAGAAGGAGGAGCGCGCGGCGCGGGCCAACGUGGCCGCCACCCUGGAGGAGCUGUCCCUGGCCGCGGGGGCGGCGCCGGCCAAGCCCAAGCCGGUGCUGGACACCGACGCCGCGCGCGAGGCGGCCCUGGCCGCCAUGGUCUGCAGCAUCGAGAACAAGGACGCCUGCACCAUGUGCUCCGGGUGA